AUGGAACAUAAGCUGAAGCUGACAAAAGAAGGAGAAGGAGAGCUCGUAAAUCCCACAGAAUACCGAAGUAUUGUUGGUGGUUUAAGGUACUUAACGCAUACUCGUCCGGAUAUUACUUUUGCAGUGGGGGUGGUAAGUAGAUUCAUGGAGAAACCCACAGAACAACACUUACAGGUGGUUAAAAGCAUUUUGAGGUAUGUAAAAGGGACACUUGAUCAUGGGUUAAGUUACAGAAGGAAAGAAGGUGAAGUCAAAAUUACAGGAUACUCAGACAGUGAUUUAGCAAAUGAUGUGGUGGACAGGAAAAGCACAGGUGGAAUGGCCUUUUAUGUGAAUGAAAGCUUGGUUACAUGGGCAUCCCAGAAACAGAAGGUAGUUGCACUAUCAUCUUGUGAAGCAGAAUUCAUAGCUGCAACAAUGUCAGCAUGCCAAGGGAUUUGGUUAAGGAGACUUGUGACAGAAUUAACAAAGCAGAGAGUGCCACCUGUCACUCUGUUUGUGGAUAAUCAGUCAGCGUUGAACUUGAUGAGGAACCCAGUAUUUCAUGGUCGCAGCAAACAUAUAGACAUCCGUUACCAUUUCAUCAGAGACUGUGUUGAAAGUGGGGAGAUCACAGUUAGCUAUGUGUGCAGCAACAAGCAAAAGGCUGAUGUAUUGACUAAGGCAAUGGCAAAGACAAAGCAUGGAGAAAUGUAG